UUCCGUGUUUGCCGUUCGUAUUUUUGCCACCCAAAUCCAACAAUGCCCUGUCGGCUACUUGCGCGGAAAAAUUCACAAACCCCAAAUGCAUUAUUUUCAAUAAAGAAUUAAGCAAAGAAAAGUAAACAUUGAGACCUCCUAAGUCCAAGGUCUUUGUUGCCGCUGCUACCAUUGUUUUCUUUCCUUUCUGUUUGCUUUCUCUGAUCCCUCGUUUUGAGGGAAUUUAAGAGAGGGAUUAAUUAAUGGAGAGCAUAGCAUUAUGGCAAGGUUUGACAGUUUGUGGAAUUGUUUCAUGGAUUUUUAUAUCGUCAUGUCUUAAUGUCACUCAAAAACUUAGAAAUUUGGUCCAACCUUGGGUUUCUCACCAUGUCAUCACUGGAACUCCUAUCAUUCUCCAGAUCCAGAAAUACCAGCAUGGAUUUUUGGAUGCUUUAUUCUCUGGAUUGUCCUGUGUUGUUUCUGUGCCUUUCUACACUGCUUUUCUUCCUUUGCUCUUCUGGAGUGGACAUGGCAAAUUGGCUAGGCAAAUGACCCUAUUAAUGGCGUUCUGUGAUUAUGCAGGAAACUGCAUCAAGGAUGUGGUAUCAGCUCCUAGACCCAGUUGUCCUCCUGUUAAGAGAAUGACUGCCACGAAAGAUGAGGAGGAGAAUGCUUUGGAAUAUGGAUUGCCUUCUUCCCACACUCUUAACACAAUUUGUUUAUCUGGAUACCUAUUGCACUAUGUCCUAUCCUAUACCCAAAAUCAAGAUGCCUCCUUGAAAUUUGCGGGAUUUGCCAUCUUUUGCUUGAUUGUCUGCCUCACUGGUUUGGGAAGAAUUUACCUCGGAAUGCACAGUGUAAUCGAUAUCACAGCUGGUCUUGCCAUUGGUUUUGCAAUCCUUGCAUUUUGGCUAUCUGUCCAUGAUUAUGUCGACAGUUUCAUAGUCUCAGGACAAAAUGUUAUGACCUUCUGGGGGGUCCUAAGUUUUUUAUUGCUGUUUGCUUAUCCGACUCCAGAACUUCCAACUCCAAGCUUUGAGUUCCAUGCAGCCUUCACUGGUGUUGCAUUUGGAAUAGUGGCUGGCGUCCAGCAAACCUACCACCAGUUCCACCAUGAAGCAGUGCCGCACAUAUUUACACCGCAACUCACCAUCCCAGCUUUUUUUGGAAGAGUGCUCGUGGGCUUGCCAACAAUACUCGUAGUGAAGUACUGCAGCAAGGCCCUGGCUAAAUGGAUCCUUCCUGUCGUCUCAAACACCUUGGGCAUCCCUAUAAAAUCAACCAGCUACAUCCCCAAGCUAAAUGGAUCGGUUACUGGGAAGAAAUCGGAAAAGAAUAAGCCGACAGGUUAUGCUAUGAAGCUUUUCUUCUUCUCAUCUCAGGACACAUUUGACGUGGACACAGGUAUUAGAUUCCUCCAAUACGCGGGCCUCGCUUGGUCCGUGGUGGAUCUUGUUCCCUCUCUCUUCUCGUAUCUGAGGUUGUAAAUUUGUAAUGAUCCUUGUUAUUGUUGUGCGUGUCAUUAUAGGCAUAUGGUCAAAAACGUGUUCUAACGAGAAUGUAACAUAUCUUGUUCUUGUAUAUGAUGGUAUAAUUUUUGUCA